AUGCCGAAGUGUGAAGCGGGCCACGAUACCCGAAUCAUCAAAACUGUGGUCAAGACCUUCAAGUAUUUCUUUGGCCUGAGGUUUGAGGUGAAGGGACUGGAGAACUUUGAGGUGGAGGGCCCUGCUAUCAUUGUGUCCAACCACCAGAGCAUGCUCGACAUGAUGGGGCUGAUGGAGGUCCUGCCCGACGACUGUGUCCAGGUGGGCAAGAAAGAGCUGAUGUACGCCGGCACUGUGGGGCUCGUCAUCUACCUCGGUGGUGUCAUCUUCAUCAACAGGAAGAGCACCACCAGCGCCAAGAUGGUGAUGGCAGAGGUGGCCAAGACUAUGGCAACUGACAAUGUGAAGGUGUGGGUGUACCCAGAGGGCACAAGGAACUGCACAGGAGAUUUGCUGCCGUUCAAGAAAGGAGCAUUUCACGUUGCUGUCCAGGCACAGGUCCCAGUGAUCCCUGUGGUGUAUUCCUCCUUCACCACCUUCUAUAACCCAAAGAAGAAUCUAUUUACAUCAGGCAAAAUCAAGGUUGAAGUUCUGCCUCCAAUAGAGACCAAAGGCCUGACAUCAGACGAUGUCUCCGACCUCACUGACAGAUGCUUCCGCAUCAUGAGGGAGACCCUCUUCAGGCUGUCGGGCCGUCCAAGUGAGGCGAAGGACUCGUCCUAGAUGUUUCUCCAGUGGCAUCACCAUGUGGUGGUGGCUGAAGGGACCUGUCUGUUGCCAAAUAUCCAAGGAACUUUUCUCCCUUUGCAGUGACCUCUAACUCUGGGAACACCAUGGACUGGCACACACGGGGUGUCGAGCCAGCGCUGAGGUUUCACGUUGAGUGGAUUUCUCUUAUGGGUUCAUUAUCUUGCAACGAAACGUCUCCUUUUUCUGAAUUUCUCAGGCAUCAAACUUGUGCUACCAAAGGGCUCAAUGACCAGAGAGGUGAGUUCCCCCAGCUCAGGCAGGUGGUGUGGGAUGACAACGAAAACCUGGCUGGAGGCUGGGCUCUGCCUCAUGUGAGCAUCCCUGCACCUGCGUUCCUGCAGGCUCAGCUAGUGCUGGCCUGGCCCUGUGCUGUCCCAGAUGGAAACCACCAGGUAGCAGUUUGUAUCUGCACAACCUUGAUGCUGCUCAAACAGGGCUGAGAAUCGGGUGAAAAUCCAGACUCUGGCUCUUCGGCAGCACUGGGAGUGCAGCGUCCUCCCUGGGCAGCCUGGAGCACUGCCGUCCGGCAUGGUGGAGCUCACGGGCGGUCUCUGGGGCAGGGCCUGUCUCCCUGAGAGAUGCCCUUGGGUCACAGCAGCAUCUUGUGCUGGGGCUUUGUGUUGCCCAGGCUCUCCUGACCCAAGUCUUUCACUUCUGAAGAGAGCACCUAGAGCAAAUAACCUCAGCUGCUCUGCAAAGGGGAAUGUGUGGGGCCAGUCAGCCUUAUAGUGUCUCUUUGGGCUUAAUUGCCUUGUCUGAACAAGUGCCCUUGCUCAUUGAGGGGUGCAGCAGUGGAGAGGGAAGCUGCAGCCUGACCAAGCCAAUAUAUAUGGUCUGGGCAGAGUUUAGCUGAAUGCUGUCCAGCCUUGCGAGUUUAGUCAUCUUCUGAAUGAAACCCCACGCUUGUUUCUACCAUUCAGAGCCACCAGCUUGAUUUUAAAAACUGCACAGAUCUGUCGGAGUCCUGGGCAAACCUGUCCUCACGUGUGACUUGUUUGUGGCACGCUUCUGGAUGCCAUGUGUGACAUGCACCUGCGUUGGCUCAGAGCUUCCUUGGUGUUGGGGAAACUGUGCUGCCAACUCCCUGCCAUGGCUCAACCUUGUCACAGUAGUGCCUGCAGUACUUGUUGCAGAUGCAAAGGGCUCUGUCAUGCUUGUUUUGCCACUUGUCAUGGUCAGCAGUGGCCGAAAGAUGGUGCCUGUCCCUUGUGUCUUUGUGCAGAUCUCAGCGGAGCUGCUGCUCUGCAAGGCUUGUAAAAACUCCUGCAGAGCCGCAGGGUGGGUGAGAUGCAACUGUAAUGGAGCUUGGAAGGCUUUGGCUCUCCCUUUGGGGGGAAAUGGGCUCCUUCCCCCGUUCAGAGAAAGGGGUUUCCCCUGUGCUUUGGGGUGAUGGACCAGCAGGGGUCCUGGAUCCUUCGCUGGGAGCUGCAGAAGUGUUGACCUCUGCGAAGAGCAAGACUGGGUCAGAUCCAUGGUUCCAGGGGGUUGCCUUCACCUCCAAGUCGGGUUCAGGGAGGCUUUUAGCUCUCCUGUUCGUGGUGCAGGGUGUAUAACCUUGAGAUAAGCCACCUGGGGCUACCUGGGUAACAGACACAGCCGGCUUUUGCAGCCUGUCUGGCACUGCGUUGGUGGAAUUGCAGUUAUGUGGCAUUUUGGGGUUAAAGCCUCAACUGGGGAAGGCAGGGAGUUCCUGUAGAGCCAGCGGUCCCCAAGGGAGGGAGCCCGUGGGCUGAGCUGGUGCUAGCGGGUGCCGGGGGCUUUAUCAGAGGGGCCUUACAGUACAGACUCAGGGGUCAGACCCGCCUUGGGACAGGUCGGGGUGGGAGGAUGGGAACCGAACCAGCACUUUGUAAGAGCAGCAGAUAAAGGGCUGUCAUGGAGGUUAAACCCAGGAGGGUCCCGGGAGGGCUCUUGCGGGGGAUAACCACAUCCACGGAGUGACUCCUGCAGCAUCCUUCCCUGGGAGGAGAGAGCGGUGCCUCUGUGUGCAGUUAUCUGCUGUUCACUUUUAAUUGGGUUAAGAAUAAUGUUAUGUGC